CUCGAGGGUCCUCCGCAGUUCAAAAUCCUCACCUCUUCGUACAAGACGUUCCUCCCAAACUUUCCUCGCAAACCCGAAACUUCUAGGAUCAAAGGGAGGACUUAGAGGAUCAAAGAAUGGACUCUUAGGGAUAAAGGGUGGACAUGAACCAUAAUAGGGAGGACUCCAUCAUAAAAGGGAGGACUAUAAAGAUCCAAGGGUAAACUCUUAGAAUCGAAGGGAGGACUAGCAAGCUUUCUAGGUCUAUAGAAGCAGAACUGGUAUUCUGCACCAAGCAAAGGAGACUCUUUAUGUUGUCAAGAUUUAAAAUCAGCAAGAUAUGAAGUUAACACGAUAACAUGUGAUCAAAUCAUCAAGUGUCGGUUUUAAGAUUCUAGCUUUAAUUAUCAUAAUCGAAAGAUAUAAUCUGAUAAGAAAUCUACGAGCACACAAAUUAAGAGAUUGAGAUAGAGCCACUGGAGUCCAAACCACCUGUUGUGCAUCAGAAGCAGGAUCAUGAGUGUGAUCAAUAUCAAACUCCAAACAUCUUAACUGCCCUCAAGCUCUUCCGUAAAAUGAGGCAGCAUUGGAGAAAUUAAUCUUCAUCUCUGACAGUAAAUGUGGAAGUAAUCUAAGUGCCUUCAUCAUUAAAAAGUGAAAUGAUCAUGUUGGGAAAUUAGUUAUUGCGCGAAGUGUGAACCAUGCGAGGAAUAGUGUCUUCUCGGGGGUUAUCUCGAAAGUAGAAGUGCUAAACAGUGGAUGCUCCCAAAAUCUUUUUAAGUGUGACUUGCUCCUUGUGCCCUUAAGUGAAUUGAGGUAUCCAAAAAAUUUUUUACAUCAGGGGAAGAGUGGAAUAUGAACGAAGGCUGAUUAAACCUAGGAAAUAUCUUUAUCAAACUGGGAUCAGGAUGCGGUGGAUCGGUUACGUGGCCACAAUUCUCUGGUGGUCGGGCAUCGCCAGGUCCCUCAGCUCACUCAAUCGAGGUUACAAAAUCAGCCCGAAACCAUGUCGGGUACCAAACUUGGCGGGCACAGAGGGCACCUGUAUGUUCGUGUGGGAGUGCAUCAAGUCAGAGGGUACACACGUAGGCGUAUGUGUGGACACCUUCAUGUUCGGUAGUUGUUGCGUCCACAACGCGACGAGUAAUAGCAUAAGUUCUCACAAUCCAUCCACCUCAUCAAACACUCUGAGGCCGACCUUAGCCGAGGCCCUGUCAAGCGAAUCGACGAGGCUGACGCUGACGUCUCUCUCGAGUUUGUCGCAUCCUUCAUCCAGCACAACGAGACCCUCGAGUCAAACUCCAGUGUCUCAAAAGCAAGAUGUUAUUUCCACUAGUCAGUUAUCAGGGUCAGAUGAUCAAGUCGGAAGCUCCACAAGUCAUCACACCUUGGGAACUUCCAGUCCCAGUCUCCACUCGACGAGACCUUUGAAACCCUUACCGAUUAACUCGGGUCGACCUUUGCAAAAAAGGCCACAUGCCAAGCCCACUUCUGAGCAAGAAGACAGGCUUCAAACUUCUAAGGUUCCGGGCCAAGAUCCAGGAUUCUGGGAGAAAAACUCACAAGAUUCAAGAAGACCUCAGGAAGGCCAUCCGGAGGCUCAUGGACACCAACAAAUGAUGAAGACAAAACCAGAGUCUUCGAAACAGCGACCCAGUGGUGGACCGGGUGAUAACUCUGGGUCUGAAGAUCAGCAAGGAUUCAAAGAUAAAAUAGAAAACAAACACAGCACUUUGUUGAUUCGACUGCCGAACAAGAAUCAGGGCUCGAUUAAGGGCCAAGAACUGAGGCCACAUAGGCCAGAUUACAGUCAAAGGCCUUCGGAGUCGAGACCUGAUGACAGCAAAACCGAAGAAUCUGAUCUCGCUGUCCAGGAGACGAUGCAUAGGCCAAACGUCAAUUCUGUAGAUGAUAAACAUAAUGUGAAUAGUUCGCACCUUAGUUUAAAUUUUAUCCACACGGAACCACCACAGUGGGCGACAAAACCAGCAACUUCCAGUAAACCUUCCAUAGAAUAUCCGAAGCCAUAUUUUUCUAUAAAAACGUCAACAUAUCGACCGAUUUCAAUAAAUGGAGAAAUGGAUGAGAGGCCCAAUUUCGUAUCGAAGCCAGAUAGUCAAAAUAAACCCACUAAAUCCUCGACGACGCCAAGAACAACGUAUUACAGCAGUCAGUCAACCAGCGCAGCCGGAUCUGUACCACAAACUGCUCACUGGCAAGUGACCACCGAACCCGCCUUUGUAACCAAGCAGAAGCCAUCGUCUAUAAAGCCGAUAACAAUUUUUGAAACCACUCGUCCUGCUGGAUCUAGCUCUUAUUUUUGGUCUGACAACAGUUGGACACCUCCAAGACCAUCCAUAAAACCUCAUUGGACAGACCAUCCCAAUCUGAUGCAAAAUGGUCCCGAAAACUUUCCACAGAAGCCCAGUUUCAAACCAACGGAAACGCAAGAAAAUGAGUAUCAUAAGCCCUUUGGGUCAGCGCAUUUCAUAACAACAUCAUACAAUGAAACGCCAACAAAACCACGUCCAACAAAGAAAACAACCACAACGACAACCACAACAACAACAACGACGACGACCACAACUACGCAACGACCAUCCACAACAACAUCUGUAACAACUACGAAUCCAAAACCCCAUUCAGAAUCACCAUUGAGGACAGGUUCUGUUUUGACCAUACCAGCUGCUUCGGAAAAUAGGGAUAUGCAAUGUGGUAUUCCUCCUCUUUUUCCAAGACCGGAAACUAGGAUUGUUGGAGGGAAAGAUUCUGCAUUUGGUAGAUGGCCAUGGCAAGUUUCUGUUAGGAGAACAUCGUUUUUUGGAUUCUCUAGUACACACAGAUGUGGAGGUGCUGUUCUUAAUGAGAAUUGGAUUGCUACUGCUGGUCAUUGUGUUGAUGACUUAUUAAUUUCACAAAUUCGGAUUCGCGUGGGAGAAUAUGACUUCUCAUCCGUCCAGGAACGUCUUCCUUACGUGGAACGAAGCAUAAGCAAAAAAGUGGUGCAUCCCAAAUACAACUUCUUUACUUUCGAAUACGACCUUGCCCUUGUGAGACUUGAAAGUCCAUUGACUUUUGCAGCACACAUUUCACCCAUUUGUUUGCCUGCUGCUGACGAAUUAUUAAUAGGGCAAAACGCCACUGUCACAGGCUGGGGCAGACUUAGUGAGGGUGGAACAUUACCCUCGGUACUGCAAGAGGUGUCCGUUCCAAUUGUUAGUAACGACAGGUGUAAAGCGAUGUUCCUGAAAGCUGGCAGACACGAAUUCAUACCCGAAAUUUUCCUAUGUGCUGGCUACGAAACUGGAGGCCAGGAUUCCUGCCAAGGUGACUCGGGAGGUCCUCUUCAAGUCCGUGGAAAGGAUGGUCGCUAUUUCCUGGCCGGCAUUAUAUCCUGGGGAAUCGGCUGCGCCGAAGCCAAUUUACCAGGUGUCUGCACCAGAAUUUCAAAAUUCGUUCCAUGGAUUCUCGCCAACGUCGCUUAAAUUCACUCAGACAAAUCAUUUUUAUUAACAAAAAAGAACUACUUCUAAAGACUACUCUCUCCAUCUAUCACCCAAAGUCAUUCAAUUGUAAUCCACUGAUAAAUAUUUAUUGACAGAAAGUCUUUCAUUUCUAAGAAUUUAUUUAGUUUAUGUUAGAAUUUUCUCAUCUACAAAUUCAAAAACUUGACUGAUGAACACACAAAUUUAUGCUAGUUAAGCCUAGUGUUGAUCACCAAAUGUCGUAUUGCUCAACAAACACGGAUGCGAAAUUUGCGAUUAAUUAGACGAUCGCUGUGCUUGAAAUCAGAACGAUACUUUUCUCGCACUGCGUUAAACAUAUAUCAUUGUAAUAUAGUAGCUGUACUGUUAAAUUUAAUAAUGAACACUUCAAGCGAAUCAAAUGUCUGAAUGUCUCUACGUAAUUCGUCCUUGAUUUUUCAGGUGAGAGCUAAAAAAGGAAAUUCUAAUUGAACUUUUUUCUUUUUAAACUCAAGGCUCUCGAAAAAUACUUCCAAGAGGAAACCGCGAAUUGUGAUUUUUAAUUCUGGUUUAUGAUUUUUGUAAAAGAAGCUCAUUAUCUGAGUAUUAAUUUUUAAAAACAGUAAUAUGCUCCUUUUCACCAUUUUGGAAUAACUCGAUUUUGAAAUAUUCGCCACAAGUAAUGUAGAGUUUGGUAAAAAAAAGUUUUGAGCCCGAAGAUUGCGUGUUCGAUUUUCGCUGCCGGGACUUUAUUUAUUAUUUUAUCCUUAUUAAAUUUAUUAAAAUGCUUUUAAAUAUAAUUUCUUUUAAUAUUCUCCCAAAGAAUAUAUUUAAAAUGAUACAAUAGUAAAUAAUAAUUUUUGAAAUGAUAAUAAUAAUAAUAGAAAGUUAAUUAAUCACUUAAUUUUGGCAAAACAAAAUGAAGUAGAAAAAAGUCAGUUUUUCGUGCAAAGAGGCAUCAAAAACUUAUUAUUUGCAUAAUCUUUGAAGAUUAUUGAAGGAAGCUAAUUGAAAGUAUUUGAAAUUAUAUCUACUCAUUUUAAUGGAUUAUUAUGAUUUCCAAAGGUCUUAUGGAAUUUCAAAGAAUUUUCAAGAAAUUCUAAAGAAAUUUAGGGAAUAAAAUCAAUUUUAUUUCAAAGAAUUUCUAUGGUUCUCAACAAUUAAGAGGGAUAUUGCAGGACCUUACACAAUGCUGAACUAUUUUAAUUUAUUUUAAAACAUUGUAAAAACUUUUAACCGAUUUAAAAAAAUUUCACGGAAUUUCAAACAAUUUUGUAGGUUUUUCAAAGAUUUUAAGGGAUUUCAAAGAAUUUUACAAGAGUUCAGAAAUUUCAUAGGCCCCUUAAUUAUUUCAUAGGAUUCACGGGAUAUAAUAAUAUUUUAAGCUAUUUUGAAUAUUUUCAUGAUUUUUUAAAGAGACUUAGGCAAAUUUGAAAGAUGUUUACAUGCUUUACAAAAAUGUUAAGGGAUUUCAUAGAAAUUGUAAAGAUUUCAGAGAUUGUAUAGGUUCUCCAGUGAUUUUAUAAGAUUUUUGAAACUUUUAAAGAUU